GUGGGCACAGGUGGGUGGCACUGGUGGGCACAGGUGGGUGGCACUGGUGGGCACAGGUGGGUGGCACUUCUGGGCACAGGUAGGUGGCACUGCAGAGUGGCACAGGUGGGUGCACUGCUGGGCACAGGUGGGGGCACUGCUGGGAACGGGUGGGCGGGGCUAGUGGGCGCACUGCUGGGCGGAACUUGCGCGGGGUGUCACUGCUGGGCACCGAUCAUCAGGGCACUGAUCAUCAGUGCCCUGAUGAUCGGUGCCGAUCCCCGCUCUGACAACUGCCGGUUCUCGGCAGUACUUUCCUCACGAUCUGACAGCGUGAGGAAAGUGCAGCCGAGAACCGGCACUUGC